GGACGACGACUUCACCAACAGACAGGGAGACGCCAUCUUGGAGAAGAGAGCAGGCAGACAGGUACCAUGGAGCCCCUAGAAGGAGUCAGGGUGCCUGUGGAUGUGCUGGGGGAGAACGAGGCUCUGCAACAGUUCUUUGACGGUCAGGACAUGAGUGGAGUCCUAGAGAGCACUGUGGUAGACACCAGCAUGCUGGAACAGUUCCUCAGUAACGACAUGGACCCCAUUACCUUCAUCCUGCCUGAAUCUCCACCAGACUCUGGAUCUGAACCCUGCUCUCCUCCGCAAGUCAAUUGGUCAAAUGAGCAGGUCAACCAGGAAGUUCACCAGCAUCCAGCCUCAUCCUGUCUUUUCAGAGAGCAGGUUCCUGCGGCCCACCCAGGGCUGCCCCCCCACCUACAACUCAAGGGGUCAGAGAGUGAAGGAGUAGGAGGAGGAGAGGGGGCCUUCUAUGACAGCGAUGGUGCCAAUGGGAAUGUGGGCAUGGGUCCCAACCAGCUCCUGACCUGGGAACACUUCCAGCCUGCCCAGUGGUGCCCUCUCUACAGCACUAACUACCACACUCUGCCCUCCCCUGGUUACCAUGUCGACACUGAUAAGGGCUUCAACUACUCGCUGGCGGAUGAGGCCUUUGUGUGCCAGAAAAAGAACCACUUCCAGGUCACAGUUCACGUAGGCAUGGUGGGAGACCCCGCGUAUAUCAAGACUCCGUCAGGCCCCGCCCCCGUAGAGAGCUUCCAGGUCAAGGUGUUUGGGGUCAAGCGAGAGGCUCCAGAUCACCUGGUGACCAUUGAACAGUCUCAGUCUGACCGCACCAAGAAGGCCUUCCUACCUGUCAGGGUGAGUUUGCCAGGAGAUAAGAUCACCAAGGUAACACUAGGAAGACUUCAUUUCAGUGAAACCACAGCCAACAACAUGAGGAAGAAGGGCAAGCCCAACCCUGACCAGAGGUACUUCAUGAUGGUGGUGGGUCUAUAUGCUACAGUGGGGGAGCAGAGCUACCUCCUGGUUGCCUUGGUUUCCGAGAAGAUCAUCGUCAGGGCAUCCAACCCAGGCCAGUUUGAGAUGGACAGCGAGGUGAUGUGGCAGCGUGGCGUAGGAGCAGACACUGUGGUGGCCCACGGCAGGGUGGGCAUCAACACGGACACCCCCGACGAGGCCCUGGUGGUCUGUGGCAAUGCCAAGAUCAUGGGUGCUGUCAUGCACCCCUCGGAUCGCCGCGCCAAGCACAACAUCCAGGAGGUGGACUCCACAGAGCAGCUGAAGAGGAUAGCCCAGAUGAGGAUCGUGGAGUAUGACUACAAACCAGAGUUUGCUACCACCAUGGGCAUCGACCAUGUCCACGAGACAGGUAUAAUUGCCCAGGAAGUGAAGGAGCUGCUUCCUACUGCUGUUAAAGAAGUGGGAGAUAUUACCUUCUCUGACGGAGAGAAGAUACAAAACUUCCUCAUGGUCGACAAGGAGCAGAUCUUUAUGGAGAACGUGGGGGCCGUGAAGCAGCUUUGCAAGCUGACUGACAACCUGGAGAACCGGAUCCAGGAGCUGGAGGUGUGGAACACCCGCCUGGCCAAGCUGAAGAACAUGGGCAGCCUGCGUUCCAGUGGCACAGUCCACUCUGCCGGGAAACCAAAUACACAACCCAGGGUCGCAACACUACCAAAGAAGCCCAGCCCUCGAAAAUCAGGGAGAGAGUGGUUAUCUGAGAAGUACAGCCAUUGUUCCCAUCAUAAGGCUUUCAAGGCCUGCAUCAUAUCCGUGGUAUCCACCAUGGCCUUCUGCAUCAUUGCCAUCACUGCUCUAUACAUGCUGACACUGAAAGAGGACAGCCUGGACACCCUUCCUGAUCUUGGCAAUAACAGUUCUGAGGCCCCCCCCCCCCACGUCCUUGCCAAGCACUGUGAUGUCACUAACACUACAGUCGAUAGACAGCACUCCCCUGACGACAGCUCCCUGACGGAAAAAAGGAAAUCAAAGCUGUCUGACUCACUGAAAAACGCCAGAGACUGGACCAACACCACUAUCCAGUCUUUUGUCAUUAUAGAAAACCAGCAGGUUAUAGAUAGCCGAUACUGCAUGAAGGGGAAGUGUGGGGGAGGAAGUUACAGCUUCAGCAUCCCCAUCAGCAAGUUUGUUCCUGUCAACAUGCGAAUCACAGUCCAGAUGAACUCAACAGAGCUUCUGGUGAUCCACAUGUGCAAGUCUGACGAGUCAGCAUCCUGCUCUGCUCUCAUGGACUACAACCAGAUGGAUGGAUAUGAUUUUAUCAACUCACAGGGCUAUGUACAUGAGUGGCCCUUGCCAGUGGCUCGACUGUACCGGAGCGCCUAUCACUUCCGCACUGCAGUGGCGGGCCUGGCUGACUGUCAUACUGACCAUAACUACGCAGGGGCCCUCUUCACAGACUACCACUUCUUCUUCCAUCGCCGCUGUAAAUGAAAAGGAAGAGGAGGAGCUACUGUUCUGGAAACCUCCGAAGUGACUGUGAAUCCGCCGACCUGGGG